AGUAUUUCGAUCUAACGAACGACAGAGUAGCGCAUAGCGACUUGAGACAGAAUAACUCUGAGAUUCGCAAAUUUGCCUUCAGAUCUAAGUUGAGCACUGGGUAGGAUAUUUCGCUUGGAAGGAGGAAGACAGUGGUUUCCAUGAUGGCAUCUCGAAAUCUAUACGACCUGCCAGAUGAUGCCGUCUGGUUCAUCACGGGCUCAUCCUCGGAUAUCGGUUUAGCUCUAGCUAAGCUGAUCGCGUCCCAUCCUACCCACAGGCUGGUGGCUACAGCGCGGAACUCCUCCACGCUCUCUGGACUCCUGGAUUUGACGGAUCGGGUGUGCACUUCCGACCUCAAUGUGACGUCCGAGGAUUCUAUUGCAGCGGCUGUUGACUCGGCGCUCUUAAAGUUUGGCAGGAUUGACGUCGUAGUCAACAACGCUGGGUACGGCUUGAUGGGAGACGCGGAGUCGGCGCUUAAUCCUGAGGACUAUGCGAAGGCUCGCAAACUGGUGGAGACGGACUUCUGGGGCACCGCGACGCUUUCGCUCCACGCUAUCCGCGUCUUUCACGACCACAAUCCUAAGAGCGGUCAGCAGGGUGGCGUAGUGCUCAACGUGACGUCACUGGGGGGGGGGGGGUGGGGGUUGCCGGUUUUUCCUGGCAGUGCCUUUUAUCACGCGGCCAAAUUCGGCGUCGAAGGGUUUACUGAGAGCAUCAGCAAGGAGGUCAGACCGGAGUGGAAUAUUCAUUUCUGUCUCAUCGAACCGGGCGGCACCAGAACCAGCUUUGCGAGUGCCAGCAUGGACUGGCUGUCACCACACCCGGCAUACGCAGCCGCCGACACUCCUUCGAGGGUGCUCGAAGGCUACGUUAAGGAUCCCGAGAUGCAGAAAACGUGGACGCCGGCCGAGAGGAUUGCCGCUGGCAUGUAUAGCGUCGUUGCUAGAGCGAAGGGCAAACCUCUUCCCAUGAGGUUGCCCUUAACUAAAGGGGCAUGGGAAGUCAUCAAAGCCGAGUUGUCUGCUGCAGACAAGGAAUUGGAAGAUAUCAAGGAAAUGAGUCUGUCGGUCGAGGCGGAUGAUAUGAACAAGGCUGGGGCUUUCUUAGGGGAGAAGUUCCAAUAAGUAAAGACGUACGCGUGGACAUGAAGACCGAGCUGUAGAACCUAGAUGCUGUUUUCUCCUUUGCA